CUUAGACAAACUCCGUACACCUUCUCUUUAGGUCUGGGGGACUUCAUCUUCUUAAUCGUAUAGUCCGAUUUAUAUGAACCGGUACCUCUCUUAUGACCGCUUAAUGUACGUGCUUAAUGACUUCUUAUCCCUGCCCGCCAAUGAACCUGCCUGGCUGUUAUUCAUCGACUACAGUUGAAGGCCUCAUGCCACAUCUUCCCAUUCAUCAAUGUGACACCUUUGUCACAAGCCCAACAAGCCCAAUUAUAAGGAAACGAAAGAGGGAACUAGUUAAGACAGAUCAUGUCGCCACACUGUCAAAUAGACUUGUCCUGUCAUCCGUUCAUUAUACGAACCCACAAUUCCGCUUCGACUAUCCAGAACCCUCAGGCGACCACAGAGAGGUCCUUGUUUCCCAGCGAUGUCUUCACAGGAAACGACGAGUUCAGCAACCACAUACUCACCACAGACCGCCAUAUACAGAAAAUAUUGCUCACGCGCUACAAUCAAGCUCGUCUCAGACUAAGAUUCCUUCCCAAAAUGACUGUGUUUCUGCGGUCCUAGAUGUCAACUCCCCGCCAGUAUCACCUAGAACCAUUUCUCCAAAUCCCUACCAGCAACCGCAAACCCUCUGUGCAUCUGCGUUCUGCCUACGUCCGUGCCAUAUCUGUCACAGGAGACCAACGACACUAGAAUUUGUCGACGCCUAUGCAGAUUGCGAGCUGUGUGGUCAAAGGAGCUGUUAUAUAUGUCUCCGGCACUGCGACGCUAUAAAUUGCAAUGGUUUAGCCAAAAUUCCUAAAAGAAACUUUCAGGAAAGUGCCAACGGCGAUGGAGUGCAGGCCGGGCAAGCUCGGAAGGUUUGCUCGACAUGUGCAGUUGAAGGUGUGACUGAAGGAGGCAUGGAAGUAGUAAGGUGCCUCGAAUGCGUGCGAGGCUUUCAAUACCAAUGGCAGGCAGUUCACCCGGACUAAGAGAGUUACGGUGGCCUUGGAAUAAGCUUUACGUGGACAAUAGGGGAAUGAGAGGAUAGGCCAAAUAAUUCUUAUUCCCGGUGCACAAUAUGACAAGAAGCCAGAAUAUCUAAUACUCAAUUUAAUCUGGAAUAACCAGAUAUAUUUAGGAAGCACUCCCCGCACUUCAGCUACAUUCACAAUGAGAUGGUUAAUGGAGG